AUGCCAGCCUGCGACACCUGCUACCGUCGCAAGGUGCGCUGCGUUUCCGAGGCAAACAGGCCGUGUCUAGCCUGCAUGCGCUCAAAGGUGGAAUGCACGUUCCUCCUUGCUGAGCGACACGCAGCCCGCAGACGACAGAAACGACGUCCACAAGAACAACUAAACGACGACGGAUCGGCCGAUCGGACAGCUCUGGCACAGUUCCAGCAACAGAGCAUCAGAACUUCGUCAUGGCGCGUCUUCGGCGACGGCCCCAACAUGCGGAUUGCGUAUAUCGGGACCCCAGCGUCGAACCUGGCACAGCUGGUUGCAGAUGAGGCCCGCUUCGACGGGCCUCACGCGGCAUCGCUGCACUUCCCGUUCCCCUCGAUCAGACCUCUUCUGCCCUGGAAACCAGACGGCGACGUACGGAUGCUACGGUCGGUCGAUGAGAUAGGCUCCCUCCCCUCGCCGGACCUGCGACAGAGCCUGAUCGACGCGUUCUUCGAAAAGGUGCACCCGGGAUUCCCCAUCAUCAAUGAGCGGGAGUUUCGAUCGUCAGACCACCCGCCGCCAUUGUUACUGCUGCAGGCGGUUCUGCUGGUGGGGGCACAGGUGUGUGAACAUGCAAAGAUCUCCCAGUCGCGCGGGCUCGUCAAAGCAGCUAUUUUCCGCCGGGCCAAGGCCCUGUUCGACCUGCGGUAUGAGAACGACCGGAUGCACCUUGUUCAGGCUGCGUUGCUCUUCACGUGGCAAUCGGAGGGGGCGGACGACGUAAGCUCCAACGCGUAUUACUGGGUCGGCGUGGCCUGUCGCAUCGCGUUCGGUCUGGGGAUGCAUCGUAACUUGGCCGUGGCGGCAAAGAGUCGGAUGCCAGCCGACGAGCGACGGAUAUACAGGCGGAUAUGGUGGACGCUGGUCCAGCUCGACGUGCUGGCGAGUCUCCAUACCGGGCGGCCGCUGAUGAUCGCCGCCGAAGACUGUGACCAGCCCCCGCUGCAGGAAAACGAUUUCAUAGAGGGAACCGAGCUCAGCCGCGGCGUGGAUGCCGAGUUUUGUAUCCAACACUCAGUUCUCUGUGACAUCACGGCUCAAAUCCUGCGGCUGGCAUCGCCCGGCGCAGCGCGGGAAUUUGCAUCGGAUCCGUCUUUAUUCGAGACCCGCAAAUCCACGCUCGACAUGCAGUUGAACCGCUGGUUCCUGCAGCUCCCAGCAAGGCUUGCGGAUACUCAUCGUCGUGAGCGGACGACCUUUCUCCCCCUCCAGCUGCAGAUGCACUACCACAUGGCAUUGCUUCAUCUGCAUCGCCUCAAGCAGCCAGUUCCCUCGCCUUCUUCUUCUUCUUCUUCGAUUCACACACGGGUCGUAUCCGAUGAAAUCUGCAGGUCCGCUGCGGUUUCCAUCGCCAGCACGUUCGACUCGCUGAUCGCAACGAACCAGCUCAGCCAAUGCUGGUUCACCUGCCUGACCUCCCUCCUGGCGGCCGCGAUCCAGCUCAGCUCCGAAGCCCGUUCCGCGUUGCAAACCAACAAUUCCACGCUGGAGAUCCAGGCACAGGCCCGUCUGGAGCGUUUGCUGACCACGGCGUCUGUUGCCGGACGCUUCUGGCCGGGCGCCGAUGGCAUCUAUAGCCUGUAUUCCGACCUACUACAGCAGCUAAAACGCGACACCAAGGUGAAUCUAGCAGUGAGCUUGGAGUCCCAGACACCCUCUGUUCCGACAGAACCCACCCCCAUGGCAGGCGAGGAAGAGCUGGCCAUGCUCUUCGGGGCGGGCCAGACGUACGAGAUCGGCGAUAUUGCAUGGCCGGAGCUCGAGGAUUAUCUACAGAUAUAA